UCUUCCUUGUCUUUAUUUUUUGUCCAUUUGAAAAUGGAAGAAAAUAUGUAACACAAAUUGUACACGACUCCAAUAGCCCCACGCAACUCUCACUCCAACCACAUUUCAUACACAAAUUACACUUCCAUUUCAAACCACCAAUUUCAUUCCCAUGCCCUCUCACUCUCCUGUUCUAUUAACCACUGCUGCAAUUCACAUACUUUGCUUAUUUUCCCAACUGCUGCGAUUUCUCAAUGGCUGUUUUGCCUCAACGCCUUCCAUCUCUUAGGCCCAAUUUGUCACACCACCACGCCCGAAUUUCCCUUCUUCCUGCCCGAGUUCAUUGCUCCGCCACCGCGCCGCUCAAGCCCCGCCGUCCCAACUCCGACCCACUGAUCCUAGAACCCACGCUCCUCAACCCGGUUACCUCCCGCCCCCCCGUGCUUAAUGACCCCACUCUGAAAUCAACCUGGUCGCACCGUGCAUGGCUAGCUGGAGGUUGCACCACCGUGCUCGUUUCUCUAGCGAAGUCUGUCGUAGGGGCAGUCGACUCCCACAUUUGGCUCGAGCCUGUCCUAGCUGGCUUCGUCGGCUACGUGCUGGCGGAUCUCGGCUUCGGCGGCCAGAUCGAAGCGUUUCAAGGGCACCACAAGUGGCCAUGGACGAUCACGCGCCGUGAGUUUGCUAACAACUUACACGCUUUGGCGAGGGCGGUUACUUUCACUGUCCUUCCCAUAAAUCUUCUCUGCGACGAUCCGGUGUUGCUUGGGUUCGUGGGAGUGUGCGCCGGUUGCAUUAUGUUCAGCCAGCAGUUUCACGCGUGGGCACACACGACGAAGAGCAGGCUGCCGGGGGUGGUGGUGGCGCUGCAAGACGGCGGAGUGCUGGUAUCGCGAAUGCAGCACACGGCGCACCACCGAGCACCGUAUAACAACAACUACUGCAUCGUGAGCGGGGUUUGGAAUGAGGUACUGGAUGGGUGGAGGGUGUUUGAGGUCAUGGAAAUGGUAAUUUUCUUCAAGUUUGGGGUGAGGCCCAGGUCUUGGAGCGACCCCAACUCGGAUUGGACUGAAGAGCCUGCUGAAAACACAUCUUUUGUACCAUAAAAAUUAUAUAUAUAUAUAUAUAUAUAUGUAUUAUCCAAUUCCAAUUUUUUC